UCAACAUUUGACAAGAUAAGCUCUGACUAUGGACACGAUCAUGGACAUGGCUUUGUUAAUUAUAGGUAUUGCUUGUUUCCUUCCAAAUGUGAUAUUUGUUCAAGCAACAGUAACCACGUGUGGGACACGUCAUUGUGCAGCUCACAUGUACUGUGAACUAUUGAUAAACAGUGGCGGUUUACAAGGACAAUGUCAGACUGCUUCAUGGAUAUUAGGUCAUCAUGGAACUCUUCAUUCUUGUACAGCAACAGGAGCUGAUAAAAAUCAUUGCUACUGCACUAGUGAGACCUGUGUAAGUAGUAUGAAGGAUUAUUAUGCUCAUCAUCAUCCCAAUCUUCACUGUGGAAGCCAUUCAUGUGACGAUUAUUGUAUGAUAACCGAUCAUGGAAGAAGGAUUCAUUGUGGAAAUAACACGUUACAUAAAUCUAGCUGUUCUCCUACGCAUGUUUCUAGUACAGCAUGCUAUUGCAGUACACAGCAAUGCAUUGAUAGUUAUCUUUCUAUAGUAACGGAACACAGAGACAGUCAUGUCACAUGUGGAAAUCAUUCUUGUCAUGUUCAUAGUGGUGAUGUUUGUGUAUUGACGAAUGAUGGUCACACACAUAAUUACCACGGGCAUGUUUCUAGUAUUAACCUGAACUGCCAUAGCGAAAAAACUCAUCUACACAGCAACACUCAAAGAUGUGUAUCACCUCCACACCAUGGCCAGUCAUGUUCCUGUGUCAAUCAACCCUGUAUUAAAUCUUUCUCAGCAGAUUUGAUACCAACAACUACCGUAUCACCUCGGAGCCCAGGUUCUUGCAGUGAUAUACCAGCAAAAACAAUGCAUCGGUGUGCAGAAUAUCAGUCACAGUUACACAUGUGUGAAAGUACUAAUGCAGUUGUUCAUAGUAUUGCAGCUGGUGAUUGUAAAACAUAUUGCUUACUGUGCACAGCAACAACAACAAAAUCAUCAACAACAACACAAGCACCAACAACAAAAGCACCAACAACAAAAGCACCAAGCACAAUAAAAACAGCUGCACCUGUCACGACAAUCAAGACGACUACUGGCACAACUAAACAAACCACUACGUUACCUACAACAACGGUUGUUUAUCCAGCAUGUGUACAAACAAAUUGUGCUCAUUUGUAUCUGCGUUAUUGUCAUCUGUACCAAACUAAUAAUGUAAUCGAAGGCAGGUGCAUGCCGUUCCAAGUUGGAUCUGUAUGUAGUAAUUACACAGAACUACAAGGCAAUGGAUGUACAUGUGAAACAACAGAAUGUGCUUUAAAUAUUUUGACAGAGUAUUCUCAUCACAUGGGUCCAAUAUCAACAACAACGCUUCCUCCAGAUACAACCAUGGAGAGCAUUUCAACAACUGUAGAUGUAAUAGAACUGACCUAG